UUGUUAAGCUCUUGGUGGUUUUGUUGCGAGUUGCGGAUGGAGAUAAGCCCACAAUGGGCUAUAUAUAUGAGGGCAUGGAUAGGGCGAAGGAGGGCAUCAAAUUCGUCUAUGGAGGAGAUGAGAGCAAGUAUGGUCCCAUUUGGGAGAUCAUUGAUAGGAGAUGGCAGCAUCAGCUUCAUAGGCCCAUCCAUGCAGCAACCUAUUAUCUGAAUCCGGCAUUCCGUUUUAUCCCUUCUUUCAAGGCUGAUGUGGAGGUCCUUAAUGUGCUAUACUCAAUCAUGGAGAAGAUGGGACCUGCUGGUACUUCUCAGAUAGAGCUUAUUCGAGAGCUACAGUUGUUCUUAGAUGCACAAGGGGAGACAUUCUCCCGUUCUCUCGCAAAAGACGUUAAAGCUGGUUGAGCAUGAAUACAAGCAGAUGUCAGCCAUGUUCAAAGCUAAAAUUGCAGAACUGGAGGAAAAAUCUAAUGACCUUUCACAUCUAUUACGAGAUAUGCAAGAAAGGGAAGGCAAGAAUUCUAGUAAAAUUCAAGGCAAAAAACAAUUUCAGUCAAAACUUACAUCUACCAGGGAAAUUAAGGAUUUAUCUCCCACAUCUGGUAACUUGUCUAAUGAGGCUGAUGGCUCUUCAAAUAUAAAUGAAUCUGCAAGCGAAGAAAAUUCAGCUGAAAGGAGGAUGUGUUUAAGGAGAGGGUCAGAUAAAAUUAACUACAAGGAACCAUCACUAAAGAAGAAGCUCAGGAAAAACAAUCAACAUGAAUGGUUAGAUAAAACUUCAUCUCAAAGCAAUUGCCAUGGUGGUGCUCUUCAUGGUCUGGAUAAUUUGGAGAAAGUUUGUGAGAAUGAAGUGCUGCAUUUUAGUGAUGUGCCUGAAUUUGACCGAGUGAUACAGGAUCAUUCAGCUUCUGGAGAACUCAGAGACCUGCGGGAGUCUAUAGAAUCAUGCCAAUCCCUUGAAGAUGCUUGCUUUUCUUCCAUGAAAAUGUCAGCUUUUAGAGGUAAAGCAGCAAGAGUUAAGAUUGAACAGUAUCAAGAUGAAGAACAAGAGGGGUGUGCUCACCCCGAUUCAUCUUUGAAUGCUGCUUUGAGUUUAGAGUCGACUCAUCCAUUGAGAUCGCUGGCAGGAAGACCUAUGCGGAAAGCAGCAGAGGCUGUGGUUUCUUACAAGGAAAUUCCUUUAAAUAUCAAAAUACGAAGAUCAGCAUGAAGCAUUGAUUGCUUUCAGCACAUGAGAUCCUUCUUUUCUUGAUGUAAAUUGUUCAAAUAUAUUGAAAACUUUAUCAGGAAGAGCUAACUCAACAUGGGUUAUGGAAACCGCUUCAAAUCCUCAUUGUAUUAUAUGGGGAAGCAACAACUUUGUCUUUCCUGCUAAACUAACCGUCCUCGGAACUUCAUGUAUGUAGUUGAUGAAUAUGCCAUGUUCUUGAAAAACAUACUUUAUUGGCUUGAUAUGUUCAAGUUUUGAUAAA